AUGGAUGUCAUCCACGGUAUAGUGGAUAGGUGGACAUUCUACCCUGCUGGCGCGUCUUUGCUUGACCUCACGGGGAAAGUGGUUAUUGUUACUGGCGGAAAUACAGGAAUCGGCUAUUGGACCGUUUUACAUCUCGCUAGGAAAGGCGCCAAGGUAUACCUUGCUGCAAGAAAUGAAAGCAAGGCGUUGGACGCGAUCAAGAGCAUGACGGAAGCGGGUAUUGGAAAGCUGCAAGAGGACUUUCUGAGCAAAGAGAAGAGGCUGGAUGUUCUUGUUAAUAACGCGGCUUUUUUGACAGGUCCUUACAACACCGACCAGGAUGGUGUCUCCGAGGUUGUGAUGAUAAAGUAA